UGAUCAACUUCUACCAUCUGUUUUGGAAUGAAUUUGUCCAAAAGGCCAUCGAGACGAAGAAGCCGAAGUCGAAGAGCCCCACUACAUUUCCACCUUCUCGGGACUUUGACUUUGCAGUUUGAAUGGCUGAAGUAGCCAAAGCCGCAGCGCACCCCUCCACAACGAGCGAAGGGAAGAAGGUCAAGGAGGGUGUGACACCAACUCAAGAUGGAGGUGAUGCUGCAGGGGGCGAGGGAGGUGAAAAGAAGUUAUCUAAGAAGGAGAGGAAGAUGCUGAAACAGAAGCAGCUUGCGGAGCAGCAGAAAGAAAAAGAUCUGGCUCAGGCCCCUGCAAAGAGCAAGGCAGAAUUAAAGGCUGAGAGGAGGGCUAAGCAGGAGGCAGAGAGAGCCGCCAAAUUGGCAAAGAAGUCCGGUGAGCCUGUGCCUUCGGGCGGAGCAGGAGGGGGAUCAGGAGCCGGAGGGGGGAGCAGUUCGCUCCCGAGCAGUGGAUCCAGUGGCCAGCUCCAGAGUAAAGCUGGUAAACAAACUGGAGAAACUCAUUCCAAGAAAGAUCUUUACAGGGUCUCAGAUGACAUCAAACUGGAUGAUCCUAACGUGCAGAAAAGAAGAGCAAAGAAACUUGAACGUCAACAGGUGCCACAGAGGGUCGAAAGUCAGAAGAAAGUUGGUCUGUUCUCUCACCUGAACCAGUUUGAACGACAGGUCUCGCUAACGAGCCGUCUUGGCUUUGGUUCCGGUGGUAUCCAUCCGGCCGUCAUCAAGUUGGGUUUGCAGUACGCUGAAGGAAUCAUAUCAGGAGCCAACUCCAGGUGUAUAGCAUUACUAGUAGCCUUCAAACAGGUCAUAGCAGAUUAUAGCACGCCUCCACAGAAAGAUCUGUCCAGAGAUCUAGAUAACAAGAUCAAACCGUACAUCAGCUUCCUGAACCAGUGUCGUCCCAAGUCAGUCAGCAUGGGUAAUGCCAUCAAGUACCUCAAGAUGCAGAUCAAUAAUAUUCCACAAGGAAUGUCAGAUAAAGAGGCAAAACAGAGGUUGUGUGACUGCAUAGACGGUUAUGUGAAAGAGAAGAUAUUCCUAGCACAGAAAGCCAUUUCUGAGGAAUAUGCCUGCAAGAAGAUCAGAGAUGGUGAUGUCAUCCUUAUAUACAGUUGCUCAUCCUUAAUUAGGAAAGUCCUGUGUGAUGCCCACAAGUCUGGGUUACGCUUCCGGGUCAUUGUGGUUGACAGCAGGCCAAAGGUCGAAGGUCGAGAGGGUAUUAGGAGGCUUGUAGCUGCCGGCAUCAAGUGUACCUAUGUCCUCAUCAAUGCAGUCUCUUAUAUGAUGCCAGAGGUUUCAAAGGUUUUCCUUGGUGCGCACGCCCUCCUUGCCAACGGCUAUGUCAUGUCAAGAGUGGGGUCUUCGGUCAUCGCCAUGGUAGCGAAGUCCUACAACGUUCCAGUUCUUGUCUGCUGUGAGACAUACAAAUUCAGUGACCGGGUUCAGACAGAUAGCUUUGUCACAAAUGAAUUAGGUGAUCCUGGUGACCUAGUUUCCAUCAACCGCUCAAAGUGUAACCUGGCUAACUGGAGGGACAUCAAUGCCUUGACUCUCCUCAACCUUGUUUAUGAUGUCACCCCACCAGAUUUUGUUUCUAUGGUGAUCACCGAGAUUGGAAUGCUACCCUGCACAUCAGUGCCCGUUGUACUUAGGGUCAAGAACAUUGAGAGCUGAAGUCAUGAAGGACAGAAGUUGAAGAAUGAAGGGAUAUCAAGAAUAGUGAGAGCUUAGGUCGGCAUGAUGAAGAACACUGAGAGCUAGGUUUUGCAAUAGCAGUUGAACUGUCAUGUUGUGGUCUGCCAUUCCGUUUGAUGAUAGUUUUUUGUUUGGGGAACAGCGACUAGUCUGCAUGCACAGACCCUGACUAAAACUUUGAUCAACAAGUAAGUCUUCACAGAAGACUAGCACAUAAACAACUUGUUGUUAGUGCCUUCAGCACACUAGUCAUUGUAGGCUGCACAUUCAGACCCUUAACUUGAAUGGGUUUGCAUAGCAGACUAUACAGCAGCACUCUUAUUAUUAGGGUAUUUACAAUGUGCGAUAAGCACGGGGCUUAUUGAAGAGCAUUUUUGCUUUGCAUCGUGAAUACCCGAGAUGACUGCAACACACUAACAUCAAAUCUUAACCUGUGCAUUAUUUGUUUGACUGUGGGUCAGCAUCCCUCAAAACUUACUAGGAUGGCACAGGUGAAGAGGUUGCUUUCUAUUCCGACAUCACAGGUGUAUGCAUCCAGUAUGCACGCCCAAGUAAGCGCAUUAAAAUCCUUGCCAUGGCCUUUCUAUGAAAAAAAAUUCAUAUUUUGUUUCGGUUUUGACAUGCUGGAGUAAAAUAAUGCAUGCGAAAUGUGCAGUGCUGCACUCAAAAUGAAUGUCUGGAAGGUUGCGUAAAAUUUAAGUAUGUAAUUUGCAUAUGUACUCGCUAUUGGCUACAUCAUUGAACCCGUUCCGUAAUGUCGGUUAAUAUGCAUGACUUCUCUCACAGCUCAGAGGACAUGUGGUACUUCUUUACUAUCUGUUAAAGAACUUCAGGGCAAUUCUGUAAAAUAAGCAACCUCUUGUAUGUCCAUUUAAGCUACUUUAAGCCAUCGUAAUUUGAGGAGAUUGCAAUUCUUCAUUUGACCUAGGAAACAGAGAUAGAAUAACUCCUGAAGGUCCUGCUUAUACACUAGGACCUAUGUCAAUUUCAUGUGUAAUGUGAUAUUACAUAAUAAUAAUAAUAAUAAUAAACAUUAAUUUGUAUAGUGCAGCUUUUAUAUGGAUAUAUUCAGCUGCGCUUUUAUAUGGAUAUAUUCAGCUGCGCUUGUUACAUUCCUGUAACAUACAAUACAAGAAUAAGAAGGAUGAUUGUCAAUUCUAUCCUCUGAUGUGACCUCACGUCAGAAUGUAGCGUACAUCUGUCCUGGGGGCUGUUUCACAAAGGGAUAAGCGUGACUUAUGGGGUGUUGCAAGAAACCUGCGAUCAAUUGAAAGUCUAUUUUUGGUCCCUAAAUCAAUCAUGUAUCUUGCAAUUAAUUGUAAAUUAGUGAUUGAUUGCUAAUCUGCUCCGUGAAACAAGGAGUUUAAUCUGAUUUGCUAUAUUUAACGUUGAUCUAUCAGUUGUAAAAUUGCAACAGAAUAUUUGCAAUUGAUCGCAAAUAUUUGCUUGCAACACCCCUUAGAGUCACACUUAAAUUUCCAGUUCCGUGCACUACAUAGUCAAAUCAUGCUAAGAGGACGAGUGCUACUGCAUAUUGAUAAAUAAGAUUGUGCAUAAUAGAUCACGGGCCCGUCUUACAAAGAGUUGCGAAUGAUCCGAUCAAUCACAACUAUGGAAAGCCAACAAAGUCAACAUAUAAAAUGCAUGUUUGUUCAAACAAUUUUUUAGAUAUGAAUGUAUAUCCAUUCCAUAAAUUCAUUGAUUUCUUGACAAUUUGGUGUGGUCUCCUUUGUUUACAAAGGACAUUUUGCAAAUUUCCUGUAGAAAAAAUUCUGACACUGAUGGAUUUCCAUAGUUACGUUUGAUUGGAUCAAUUGUAACUCUGUAAGAUGGCCCUGGUUUGCAUCAGGGGUCCGUUUCAUGAAAGUUGUCAGCACUGACAAGUUGUCUUUCUCCGACAGUUACCAUAGCAACAGUCAGAAGCCAGUGCUUUUUAGCCAAUCAAAACCAAGGAUUUCACUGAAAUAGUCAGCACUGACCAUUUAGUCAGUGCUGACAGCAUUGAUGAAACACCCCCACCCCCCAGUAUUAGAAUGACUAAGUAACACUUAGAGGGGUGUUUCAUUCCUUGUGAAACACCCCUCUUGUUUACCGGAGGACAGAUGUACUAUGUUACGAGAAUGCCCUUCGUGGAUGUGCUUAUCUUAUGGUUCAACUCUAUCGUUUUGAUUACAUGUAAGUAAUUGACUGUCUCUGAUAGGCGACUUAGUUUAUGCAUAAUGAUAGUGCAAUAUACAUCAUUCGCCUUAUACCAAAGCUGCAGGAAUGUAGAAUUGAUUUGGACCCAUUGCGUAAAAAAUUCAACACUAAUACUAGUAACUAUUCUUUCAAUGUUUACUACUACUAUCACUUUUAACUACCAUGGUAACAUUGCUCAAAAACCAAUCAAAAUCACAGCUAUGUUGAAGUUUUAUGCCGCAGGCUUUGGAUCUUUCAAUGCAACCUGUGAAUUGUGGUUAAUACUAGGAGAAAUAUUGUUUGUCAAUGCAGAAAUGCAUAUUUUGGCCGCAAGAAUAACCAAGACUCUUUUCACGAAAGCACCAUUUACAAAUGGGGCUGCUCUAGAUAUGUGAUGCAACUUCUGCGACACUGCAAGUUGGCAAAAAUAUUGUAAUUUUCUUGCUCAGAAAAGUCGCUCCCUUGCUCGUGCAUGAGCAUUAUAGACCUUUUAAGCUCAUUGAAGACAUUGUGAAUUGCAUCGCAAAUCUAAUCUGAAGCAUACUGUACUCUAAUUCUCCUUAUCACAGCUAUAGCAAUAACAGCUAUCUAUAUCAACCUCCCAAGGUUAUUUUGCUGGGACAUGAACUUCCUUGAUUAAUCAGCCAGUAGUUCUAUUCAGCUCUACUGUCACAGCUAGCUACAUAUUUCUUGGCCAAUUGCAAAAGUGCAAAUUUUGCUUCUCUUUCUUUAACAAUGUUUAAAUUGGAGACGAGUUGAGGAUUGUAAAAACGGCAUAAGUAAUUCAGAUUGACUUGCUCACCCCCGCUCGCUGAACUAAAAAUCCAUAUAAACAAAACUUGAAGUUAAAAGCUGAUUAGGUGAGAAACUCUUAAGAAAAUUUUCCCAUAGUUUAUAUCGCUUAGUAUCGGCCGUAUAUUAUACGAUAAGGAGAAAUGUAAGUUAAUUGAUACCCCAUUGAAAACUGUCAUGUGUUCUGUUACAGUUUUAAUAACAUCGUAUUCCAAAGGGUAAUUGUUGGAUUUGGGAAGUUAAUGGUUUUAGAUGGUUAUAUUAAAAGGGCUGCUUUUCAAUUUGAUAAUUGAUAUAAAGUUGAUGCUUAUCUCAUUAAAUUUUAAACCAACAUGUCACUUUAGUACCAAUGACCUUCCUCUGAUCAUGCGCAGAAUGGAACUACGAACUAGCUUGUAUGACCAACAUGUGAGAUAUAUCAUGGACAAAAGCUUGUACUAUCAUUAGAAUGAGCAAAAAAAUAGAUGUUUUGGGGUAUAUUUUUAGCGUACCAAGUGGAUUUGUACUUCCACGACCUCACAAAUCUUGGUCACAUUGCCAAUUGGAGGAUCUCCAUAGCAUUAGGGAUUCCUUUAUUCUCAAACUUUCAUUGAUCUUAUUCUUUGAUUUGUUUCCAUACAAUCUAACUUUGUUCCAACGGUUUCAUUCUCAUUUGAGUGAGAAAAACCGGUAUUUACUUUAAUUUUUGCUCUCAUACAAUACUAAGCCGAUAGCCCCACUCCAUAUCGAAAAUAUGAUUGAUAAUUCUCGCUACCCCAAUUAACGAUUUCGCCAAGAUCCGGGAAAAUCCCUGUAACGCGCACUGCAUUAUGGGAUAGCUUUUCGGUAUUACAACUUCCUGAUCGGAAGUCCAAUGCACUGUUUUGCCAUUCAGAUCAACAGUGCCGUCAUGCACAACAACACAACGUCGCUUUCGCUCGGAAAGUUCGUGAUCACAACCCUCUCUUUCACAUUUUCACGUGAAAUAUAUUUUGUAUUUCUAUUUAUAAUUCAAAUGGAAUCAAAACUGACCAAAUUAGAUAAAACGUAUUAUAAUCUGUACAUAUUACGCUGAUUGGCAUCGAUUUCAGCGUGGUGGAAAACCAUAGAGGUAUACAUCUCUAUGUGGAAAACUCAGUAUCGCGAACCUCGCGCGAGCAUAACUCUGAACCGGAAGUGGUGAUGACGACCCGACGAAGUGAAAAUUAUCUCGUCUCGCGCAUUAUGAGAUUUUUGUUCCUAUUUGGGGUAGCGAGAAUUAAAGUAAAAUUUCGAAUUAUGUCUAAUUCAAGCUAUUUAAUCUUUCUAACAAGAUUCAACUUUUGACUGUACAUACUUAUUUAAUCUAUAAAAAAAAAAUCUUAAUCUUAAUUGUGACAAUAAAGUCUUGUUGACAUUUACAUAUGGUUAGAAAAGGCUCAACAACAUUUCCUCAAUGUUGUAGACCCGUUUUACUGGUAUACAUGUUUAGAUGCCUAAUAUUUUCAAAGAAAAUGUUGAGCUCUGUCCUACCACAUCUUAACAAGACUUAAAUCAGGCAUUAAGAUAUAACAAAACAAUCAUGAAACAUGAUUUAUUGUGAUAGAAAUCUCAAUUUAUUGAGCAUAGUUAUUAAUUCCCCCUCCUAUAAUGAUGAUCACAAAUGCAUGUGUCAAUUUCUUUGUCUUCCUGAAUGUGUAACAUACAAUAUACAUGUAAAUAUAAACAACAUAAA